CUGACCCCACCCCCUUCCUUCUCAUCAUAACUUGUGAUCUUAGAAGCAUGAAAGAAUUUGAGCCCCUCCCCCAGCUUGACCAUCUCCGUUGGCUGCUCAGUCAGGCUCCAUGUCAAAUCCGGCUUGGGGCAGAAACCUGAGGGCCACACAGAAGGUGGUGGGCUUGCAGGCAGUUUCCUCACCCUGUGGCCAUGGGCGGCAACAUCGGGCAGCUUGGCAGUCGCACCUACGAGUCCCUAGCUGACGAUGAGCCCUUGGACCCCGAGGAGCCCCCCAAAAGACACACGGGCAAUCUCAUCAUGCACAGCAUGGCCAUGCUUGGCCGGGAGUUUUGCUACGCAGUGGAGGCGGCCUACGUGACCCCAGUCCUGCUCAGCGUGGGGCUGCCCAAGAGUCUGUACAGCAUGGUGUGGCUCCUCAGCCCCAUCCUGGGAUUUCUGCUGCAACCCGUGGUGGGAUCAGCCAGCGACCAUUGCCGGGCCAGGUGGGGCCGGCGGAGACCAUACAUCCUCACCCUGGUCAUCAUGAUGCUCUUGGGCAUGACUCUGUACCUCAACGGGGACGCUGUGGUAGCAGCUUUGAUUGCUGAUCCAAGGAGGAGGCUGAUUUGGGCCAUAACCAUCACCAUGAUAGGUGUAGUUCUCUUUGAUUUUGCUGCUGACUUCAUUGAUGGGCCCAUUAAAGCCUACUUAUUUGAUGUCUGUUCCCAUGAGGAUAAGGAGAGGGGCCUCCACUACCAUGCCCUCUUCACAGGUUUUGGAGGUACGCUGGGUUACCUUUUGGGUGCCAUCGACUGGGCCCAUCUGGAGCUAGGAAGAGUGCUGGGCACAGAAUUCCAGGUCAUGUUCUUCUUCUCCGCCUUGGUGCUCACUUUGUGUUUUACUAUUCAUCUCUGUAGUAUCCCUGAAGCCCCACUUAAAGAUGUUAUAAAGGACAUUUCCCCACAGCAAGCCCCCCAGGACUUUCCAUUGUCACCAGACAAAAUGUACCAGUAUGGGUCUAUUGAGAAAGCUAAAAAUGGUUAUGUAAACCCGGAGCUGGCAAUGCAUGGGGAAAAACCCCCAAAUCCUGCUAAACAGACUAGGAAGGCAAUGACCAUGAAAUCACUGCUGAGGGAGCUGGUGAAUAUGCCUCCCCACUACCGCUGUCUUUGCAUCAGCCACCUCUUUGGAUGGACUGCCUUCCUGUCUAACAUGCUCUUCUUCACAGAUUUCAUGGGCCAGAUUGUGUACCAUGGAGAUCCCUAUGCUGCACACAACUCCACAGAGUUUCUCAUCUACGAAAGAGGGGUCGAGGUUGGAUGUUGGGGCUUGUGCAUCAAUUCCAUGUUCUCCUCACUUUAUUCUUACUUUCAGAAAUCUUUGGUAUCCUACAUUGGAUUAAAGGGUCUUUACUUCAUGGGGUAUUUGCUAUUUGGCCUGGGGACAGGAUUUAUUGGACUUUUCCCGAAUGUCUACUCCACCCUGGCUCUGUGUACCUCGUUUGGUGUGAUGUCCAGCACUCUGUACACUGUGCCCUUUAACCUCAUUGCCAAGUACCACCGCGAGGAGCAAGAAGAGAAGAGACAGCAGGCCCCGGGAGGGAGUCUGGACGGCAGUGAGAGAGGGCAGGGCCUGGACUGCGCAGUCCUCACCUGCAUGGUGCAGCUGGCUCAGAUCCUGGUUGGAGGUGGCCUGGGCUUCCUGGUCAACAAGGCCGGGAGCGUCAUUGUGGUAAUCACAGCCUCUGUGGUGGCCAUGAUCGGCUGCUGUUUCGUGGCUCUCUUCGUAAGAUAUGUGGAUUAGGUCAAUAGGGAGACAUCAUCCCUAACCUCCAACGCAGUGAAGGACAUGGUAGGAAAUCAGUCUGUCCUCUGGCUCUGCAGCUUUGGGGUCUGCCCAUUGGCUGCCCUGCGUUAUGACUUCAGCUACAGUGAUCUGCCUGCACCUCACUUUCUGCCAACCCUCUGCACAGCAGUUUCCUUAUUUUAGGCAUCAUCCAUCUCGGGAAAGACUGGGCUCUGCCUCCAUUCACCGGUGGCAAAGGUUAAUUGUGGGAGAUGGCGCCUCCAUGCGCCUUCCUACUGCAUCUCAGGACAUUCCAGGCCUUGA